AUGGCACCUCAGUUAAUUUCCAAGAAACGUAAAUUUAUUAAUGAUGGAGUGUUUGAAGCAGAAUUGAAUGAAUUCCUCUCUUGUACUCUUGCGGAGGAUGGUUAUGCAGGUGUCGAAGUCCGAGUAACUCCAAUCAAAACUGAGAUCAUCAUCAGAGCAACUCGCACACGAGAAGUCCUUGGUGUCAAGGGCCGUAGAAUUCGUGAGCUUACUUCUCUUAUUCAAAAAAGAUUUAACUUUCCGGAAGGUAGUGUGGAGCUUUUCGCUGAGCGCAUUGAGAACAGAGGACUUUGCGCAAUGGCCCAAGCUGAAUCCUUACGCUAUAAGCUACUCAAGGGUGUUGCUGUCAGAAGAGCAUGUUACGGUGUAUUGCGUCAUGUUAUGGAAUCAGGUGCUAAGGGAUGUGAGGUCAUAGUUUCUGGUAAGCUAAGAGCCCAAAGAGCAAAGAGUAUGAAAUUCAGAGAUGGUUAUAUGAUUGCUACUGGCCAGCCUUUCAGAGAUUUUGUUGACAAGGCUGUUCGUAAUGUUAUGAUGAAACAAGGUGUAUUGGGAGUACAGGUUAAGAUUAUGCUUCCAUAUGAUCCCGAAGGUAAAACUGGGCCAUCUAAACCACUACCUGACGCUGUCGUGGUUAGAGAACCCAAAGAAUAUCCUAUUAACCAAUAG